CCGGAACCCCGCCCUGGAAGCGGCGGGGAAGGGGAGGCGGCGGGGGGCGGUGGCGACAUGGAGGCCGCCGGUACCGCGGAGGCCGCAGCUAAGGGCGCCUUCGUCCUCGGCAACCUGGCCGAGGUGGUGGAGCGCGUCCUCGGCUUCCUGCCCACCAAGGCGCUGCUGCGCGCCGCCUGCGUGUGCCGGCUGUGGAGGGAGUGCGCCCGCCGGAUCCUGCGGGGGCGGCAGUGCGUCGCCUGGGUGUCGGCGCUGGAGGCGGGCCCCGCCGAGAGCCACGCGCUGGUGCGCGCGCUGGCCCGCGAGCUGGAGAAGGUUCACGUGCUGCCGCAAACCGUGCUCUACAUAGCCGACGCAGAAACGUUCAGCGGGCACGAGGAGUGUCACGAGCAAAAGAAAGCCAGGAAAAGAAACAGUAAAGAAACAGCAGUUGCGCUCGAAAAAUUGUUGCCAAAGCGAUGCCAGGUUCUUGGACUGGUCACCCCAGGGAUUGUAGUUACCCCUAUGGGUUCAAGCAGCAAUCAACCUCAAGAAAUUGAAGAGGGUGAAGCUGGAUUUGCUCUGUUGUUUCCCAAAAUCGAUGGGGUGAAAAUUCAUACCUUCCAUUUUUCAAAAGACUUGAAGAACAGGGUCUUUGAUGAAAGUAAAUUUGCUGAAGCAGGUCUGAAGAAUAACCCAGAUCUCCGGGUGGUUCUUCUGUUUGGCUACAACUCCUGGAAGUCUGGAGCAACUCGAUUUCUUCAUCAAAUAGUCAAUCCUUUGAAUGAGAAAAGUAUCAUCCUGGCUGGGGGACAAGUUGAGAGCUUUACAUCACUGACCUCUGAGAAUAGCAGCGCUCAGCCCGGCGAUGCCUGCGGUGUGGUCGGGCUGGCUUUCAGCGGUCCCCAGAUUCAGAGUGCCACUGUUUUGUUAGACCAGGACGUAGCUGAUGAGAGGACAGCAGAAGCCGCCAUGCAGCGUCUCAAAGCGGCAAACAUCCCUGAACAUAACACCAUCGGUUUCAUGUUUGCGUGUGUUGGCAGAGGAUAUCGGCAUUAUAAAACCAAGAGGAAUAUGGAAGCAGAUGCAUUUAGGAAGUUUUUUCCAAACAUUCCCCUCUUUGGCUUUUUUGGACAUGGGGAAAUAGGAUGUGAUCGAAUAGUUACUGGGAAUUUCAUAUUAAGAGAAUGUAAUGACAUCAAAGAUGAUCUGCUUCAUGGUUAUACUACUGUUAUGACUCUUAUUCAUCUUGGUUCAACUAAAGCAAACCAAGCGUAAAUAUGUUUUUAAUGCUUCAGUGAGCUGUUUGUUUCAUUCCAGAAAGCUGAGAAGUCUGGAAGAGUGGUCAUCUUGCAGUCAAAGCCCCUUCCAAAAUGUAAACAUCAUUUUGGUAAUAUUAUCCAAUCUUGUAGUUGGAAUAGAGUUUAAUGUAAUAGCUGCAAGAAAGCUUUGUGUUCUGUGUAAUCCCCUGUACACAUCGGAAUUGCAGGUAAAUUAUAUUUGAUGGAAUUCUGCAACUGAAGAAGGUGUCUUUCUUCCCAAAUGAGAGCAGUUUGCACAAAUGGCAGUUGGAGUCCAAAUAUAAGCAUGUAGAAAGAAACAGUGCUUUGAUGUGCUCUAUUUGUGUAUGUAAAACAGUCUAGAAAAACUACUGAUGCAUACUGAAAUACUGAUGCAUAAAAUCCACCAUUUCCUGGAUUUUAUUUCGAGAGAUGCAAAACCUGCCCAGACCUGAGUCCUAUUUACAGAACUGGAUGGUUUUACUAGACAAAAUGAGUGAAAAUCUUUAGAGAAAAGUAACAAAGUGCUCAUUAAAUAAAGACGAAAACAUGUAACAGUACCUUGCUCUCUAUUCUUAGAGAAAAAGCUCUGAUUUAAAGAGGUGGUGUGCAGUUCAAGCUCAACUUGUCUCACCAUCUUGAACUGAAUUUCAGUUGUCUUAAAUAACUGUUUUAGAAUAAUAUCGGAUACUUGGUGUGUACCAGCAGUUUCAGCCUUUGUGUAUUUAAGAUUCCACAAUCAAAAUGCAGAGGUUGCCUUUUCUUUUAGAUUCUCUUGCAGCAUGAUGCUCUCUGUUGUAAAUCUUUAAACCAGAGUGCUAAAAAUUAAGACUACCUGGUAUCUUUAAGUUCCUUUUAAAAGUUUUUUGCUUUUUAAUUUGAAAUUGUGGGGCAAGGAAGAUCUGGCUAUGUUCUUUCUAUAUAGAGCCUUUAAACAAGACUUGUCCUUUGCAUAUUUUUCUCGUGCUUUUACAUCAGCCACCUGUUUUGACUGCUGCAGCUGGAAUGCAGUAUUGCAAAGUUCAAUAAGUAAUAUAUAGUCUCAGUAUAGCUAGUAAUAUAUUUGCUCACUUUCAAAUUCUCUCUUCCAUUUUCACUUAGUAGUAGAAUGAGAAGAAAAUAAGGUUGAUUUUGCACCAUUUCACCACACUUCUGAAUGCCAAAUCAGGCAGCUGGCCCAUUUUCAGCAUAGUAAAAGGCUUGGCUGUAUGUUACACAACAAAAUAACGGUAUUUUGCUUUAAGUGUGCCACCCAAGACAACAGUUGGCAACUUUUUGCCCAUGCCUAGUUAAAACUUCCCGAAGGUGGCCUAACGAGUUCAGGUAUAGGCAUGUCUCUCCUGAGAGCUAACUGGUGGUUUCAGUGGGUGCUGGGCAGAGACAGCACUUCCCAGUGGCUGUGUUGAUGAUGUGGGUUUAUUUAAUUAUAAGACAGAGGAUGAGCUGUGAACUCCCAGUGGCCUUCUAGGGACAGGAGAUGAGUAAGUGUGGGUGUGAAUUGGGAAAUGUUUAGUUACUGCAUUUAGAAGGAAAGGUGUUUGGAAAAGGAGCAUGCUUGAAUUUUAAGAGAAGCCUCUGCGUGGGAGGUGGAUACAUGUUUUCUCAUUUCAGCAUAACCGGAAUGUCAUGUUGGGCCCUUCCUGUCCGUGUAAGCUAUGUGUCUAACAGGAGGCAAAGAAAAUGUUUUCUUUCUGUAACUCAGAUUCCUGUAGGUGUGAGCCUGAGUUAGGGCUACUCAGCAUCACUGCUAGCGUAAGCCCAUGAACUUUAACUUUUUGCCAUAGUAGAUGAUGAAGUGUGAUCAACCACCUGUCCUGAACUACAGAGCAAACCUGUCCAGAAGCGUCUGAAGAAGCAGAUGGUGAGCUCCAAGGAUGGAGCAAAAUGGGAAGUGAGAGUGUGGUUUGGAGGGGAUGAUCAGCAACAAGGUGCUUUAGGUGCCCGAGUCCUGCAGCUGCAGACACUGAAGAGGUAAAUGUAGUACAGAAAAGAUGCUGGGGCAGGAAACCCCAGAGCCUGCACCAGAGUCCAGGAUCCUUUCCAACCUUGGAGUGGGGAUGAGCCCAGGGGACCCCAGAACUGUGCACUGCAUGGCUGGAACCACUGCAUUCUCUCCCAGAGUACAUCACGUCUUCCAAGUGACAGGGAAGCGGUGUAGUUGAUGAAAUUGCAACAUCUGUGAUUAAAAUGUUUUUCUAUCCGAAUUCA